GAAUUGUAUUCCGAAGUUAGACGAGUAGAAUAAGCUUCAGCUCCCGCGCAUUUUCUUGCUUUCACAAGACAUCCAGCAAAAGCUGCGAACGAGCCAUGUCUUCACUUCGCAUCCUCGUACCCAUAAAACGGGUCAUUGACUACGCGGUCAAGCCGCGCGUCAACAAGGCGCAGACGGGCGUCGAGACGGCCGGCGUCAAACACUCGAUGAACCCGUUCGACGAGCUCUCGGUCGAGGAGUCGGUGCGGAUCCGCGAGAAGAAGUCGGCGCCGGGCGGCGUGGAGGACAUAUGCGUGAUCUCGGCGGGGCCGGCGAAGGCGGCGGACGUGCUGCGGACGGCGAUGGCGAUGGGCGCGGACCGCGGCAUACACGUCGACGUCAAGGAGGGCGAGGAGCUGGAGCCGCUGAGCGUGGCGAAGCUGCUGAAGGCGGCGGUCGAGAAGGAGAAGAGCAACCUCGUGAUCCUGGGCAAGCAGAGCAUCGACGACGACGCGGCGCAGACGGGCCAGAUGCUGGCGGGGCUCCUGGGGUGGCCGCAGGCCACGCAGGCGAGCAAGGUGACGUUUGCGAAGAAGGGCGACAGUGUCGAGGUCACGAAGGAGGUGGACGGCGGCGUCGAGACGGUCCGCGCCAAGCUGCCCAUGGUCAUCACGACGGACCUAAGGCUCAACGAGCCCCGCUAUGCGAGCUUGCCGAAUAUCAUGAAGGCGAAGAAGAAGCCGCUCGUCAAGAUGAGCUUAAGCGAUUUGGGGAUCGCGAAUGAGAGGAGGUUGAAGAUUGUUAAAGUUACUGAACCGGCGCCGAGACAGGGAGGUGGCAAGGUUGAGGAUGUUGAUGGCCUGGUCUCGAAGUUGAAGGAGUUGGGCGCUAUAUGAUAAACGAAUGAAACAUUUACUCCGAGACUAUAACGGCCAUCGGCUGUUGAUGCCUAUACAGAGGAUGAACCUAGCUAUGUAAUUGCUAUGGAUCUGGCUACGGAUAACGAAGCGGCAUAGGUACUCUAACCCCCUGAUGGCUAUUAGCCACGGGGUAAGUUUUAGAAAGCCGCAAACUUGUUAUAAAACCUCAAGAUACGUUUUCGAUCGUGGCGUCUAAGUUGACUAAGUGCUAAAUCCCUCCCAAUCCAUAUACGGCCGUCGACAGUUUAAUGAUCAUACUCUCUUCCUGAGGAAGUCAAAUUUACUCAAGUUUAAUUAGGUAAUAAGUAAUACCUAAGGUAGGUAUUAAGCGGCGAGCAAUGCAAAGCAUGACGGAAUCAUGAAGAAUUUCACGACAAUAGAACCAAUCGCAAGGAAUUGCUUUUUACCUACCCGUGGUAUCAAUUGGGCGAAUAAAUAGGUAUGCAUCGCAUGACUAACCUUGGAAUACGACGAUUCGUUGUGACAUUGUAAUUGUAGUAUGUAACUGUAUGCGCCCUCUCGUUAGCGACGCUAUUUACAGCGUCGUUGUGGUAUUUAAGGCUGGGGUUUAGUGAC